GAGGGCGCGGGUCCCGAAACCCUGGCGGAGCGCACCGCGAAUGGAGGCCUGAGGGCGGCGGGGGCGGGGCGCGCCGCGAGCGAGGGCCGUGGCCGCGGCGGGCGCCGUCUAGAGGAGGCCGGGCCGUCAGCCACCACGCACUCGGGCGCGGUGAGGCGCCGGCGGGUCAGGCCGUGGGCCGCGGCGGCGAUGCAGCGACGGCGGCGCGCUCCGCCCGCGUCCCAGCCGGCCCAGGACGGCGAGGAUGGGGAGGUGCAGUUCUCCGCCGGGCGUCUGGGCUCGGCCGCGCCUCCCGGCGUCCCCGCGCGCGGCACCACGGAGGACGAGGAGCGGCUGGAGCGCGAACACUUCUGGAAGGUCAUCAACGCGUUCCGCUACUACGGCACCAGCAUGCACGAACGAGUGAACCGAACAGAAAGACAGUUCCGAUCGCUUCCAGAUAACCAACAGAGACUGCUUCCUCAGUUUCCUCUUCACUUGGACAAGAUCCGGAAAUGCAUUGACCAUAAUCAGGAAAUACUGCUGACCAUUGUGAAUGAUUGCGUACAUAUGUUUGAAAAUAAAGAAUAUGGAGAAGAUAGCAAUGGAAAGAUUAUGCCAGCAUCUACAUUUGACAUGGAUAAGUUAAAAUCUACAUUGAAACAGUUUGUAAGAGACUGGAGUGAAACUGGGAAAACAGAAAGGGAUGCCUGCUAUAAGCCAAUCAUUAAAGAAAUUAUAAAAAAUUUUCCGAAAGAGACAUGGGAUCCUUCUAAAGUAAAUAUUCUGGUACCUGGUGCUGGACUAGGAAGAUUGGCCUGGGAAAUAGCUAUGCUAGGUUAUGCUUGUCAAGGAAAUGAAUGGAGUUUUUUUAUGCUCUUUUCUUCCAACUUUGUACUCAACAGAUGUUCUGAAAUUAACAAAUAUAAACUUUAUCCCUGGAUCCAUCAGUUUAGCAAUAAUCGAAGAUCAGCUGAUCAGAUUCGACCCAUUUUUUUCCCUGAUGUUGACCCCCACAGUCUUCCUCCUGGUUCUAACUUUUCGAUGACAGCAGGAGACUUUCAGGAGAUUUACUCAGAAUGCAAUACCUGGGACUGCAUUGCUACCUGUUUCUUCAUAGACACAGCUCACAAUGUAAUUGAUUAUAUCGAUACAAUAUGGAGAAUACUCAAACCAGGUGGAAUUUGGAUAAAUCUUGGUCCUCUGCUAUACCAUUUUGAAAAUCUGGCAAAUGAACUUUCAAUAGAAUUGAGCUACGAGGAUAUUAAAAACGUUGUUCUGCAGUAUGGAUUCCAGCUAGAGGUAGAAAAAGAAUCUGUAUUGUCAACAUAUACUGUGAAUGACCUCUCUAUGAUGAAAUACUACUAUGAAUGUGUUUUGUUUGUGGUCCGGAAGCCACAAUAAUGGUCUUAAGUGAUAUUUCCCAGAGGAAAAAAAAAGUUUAGUAAGAAUAAAUGCUGAAAUAAACAACUCAAAGUCAACUAUCAGUGACAACAGGACACAACCUCAAAUCAGUGGUGCCUUCUUAUUCCUAACAAAAUUUAGAAAUAGUGUCUAUUUUCUUAAUGAUGUCUAUUGCUUUUCUCAGAAAUAUACUAUACCAAGCAGAUUUAUACUGCACAAGGUAAAAAUAAUGAAGAAAAUAUCUCCCGUGCAGAUAUAUAAAUGGAGAAAAUAUCUUCAAGUACUUUUUUCUUUGAAGCCCAGAAUUGUCUUUAAGAAAAUAAACCUAAAUUCCAGUUUUCAUGAAGCUGUUGCAAGUCUGCCACAUUAAUGACUGAUAGUACUAAAGUCCGUGAUCUUCUUGGGUUUUGUGUUGCCUCUGUUAUGUUUAGAAGAGUCUAGGAUCCUCUGUCAUGUUCAGCAUCUGGAACUGGAACUUUGUUCUCCUUGGACCUGAGUCAUCUAUACUUAAGAGAAUUUUGAAACUAUUCUUUCAUUAUUCAAAUUAGUUUUUUAUUUAGAAAGGCAUCAAAUGUGCCAUAUAAUGAAAUGCUAACUCAGUUGUAUCACAGAUGAAAAUUCACUGAAAUACAGUAACAGAAAUUCAGUCUUUUCCAUGCUAAACUGAAUCUUAUUAGUUCCUGGAUUAUUUUGAAAUGUAUAAGAUACAAACAUUAGAGGGCACAAAAGCUUUUUUUUUUUUUUUUUAAAGCAGUGUUAAGAAACUGGAAAAAUAGGAAUAAAAUCUGACCAUCUGAGAUACAUAAUUUCAAACUAAAAAUGAAUUACAAAAUUUAUCAGUGUGAUGUUUACAAUGUUUUUAUUUAAAGUAUGUGGCUUAUGAAAGCAAGCACUUUUUUAGUUAAAAUGUAUUCUAGUAAAACUCAUAGUAGAAUUAAUGUGAGAAGUUUUUGAGUAUGAAAUUCAGGGAUAAAUUUAUGCCCACGGUCUGUGUUUUCAGGAUCCCAGGCAGCAGCCAUGCAUGGAAUUUCAGAUUAAUACUAGUUUUAAUCCCUAUAGAUUUGGAGUUGAAACAGCGUGCUGCUUUAAUUUUCUACCUCUAAGGAGGCCUGUUUUAGAGGGAGCUUUCCUUGUUGUUUAAUGCUGUUACUCUGUUUCCAUUAGCUAGGAAGGUGGAGAUGGCAAGUGUUUUAACUUUUACAGGAAAAGAAAGCUCUUGCUGAGUGUUUCACAUGGCUCUGACCUCUGACAUUUGGAUUGGAUAUGUAGCAGUGGCAUAGCUGCCAUGUUGCCAUGCUUUUAUAGGAUGCCUUACUUUACAACUUGGGCCUUGUGUUGCUUAGGUUUGGGAGUCUAUAGGGUCUGAUAUCUUUGAGAGAGUUCUAAACGUUGUGGGAAUUUUUGUCAUCUGUCCGCCCAUUAUGGAGAACAUGGCUCCAUGGCGUAAAUUUUACUUCUUAGGCUAUGUAAAUUCAUAGUCUACUUUUCUUUUAAAAUUAUCCCUGGUUCUUCCAUCGCGGAGUAUUUCACAGAUGUUCAUUUGGUGGAAAUCCUCAUUACUUACUGUUUAUGGGGGUGGGGAUCUCUCAGAAUUAUUUUUUGAAGGGAAAAAAAACCUAAAAGAAGUGUGUUUUAAAAGACAUCCAUUGAACAGCAAGGAAUGCAUGUUUUUUUUGUUUUGGUUAUUUAGGAAUGCUUUUUAUUCAUUGAAUAGUAUUUUCCUGUAGCCUGGUUUUUGUUUACAAAGACAAGAACAGACUGACACCGGUAGGGUGGGUUUUACCUAAGGGUUUUUUUUCCCCCAUCAUGUUUUACUCUUUAAUAAUACUUCUUGCAUUUCUAAAUUAUAUAUUUUACUUUACUCUGCAAUCAGUUAUUUCAUUUAUAAUCAUGAAUAUUUAAAAAAUAUUCUUUAUAAAUUUGCAUCACUUAUUCUCUUGUGGCUUUUGAGUUAAUAUAUUCUGGACUUGAAAAUGUGGUAUAAAUCAAUAAUGGAAGUGUCACUGGAGAAGUUUAAUUUUGUAUUUUUUUAAAUUUAGGUCUAGCUACUGAAGUGUGUAAGCCUUGAAGUUUCAAAAUUUUUUAUAAUUAGUGCGAUACACAAUACUCUCAUUUCCAUAAAGUGAUCAUAUGCUUGCUGUUUUAAAAUUUCCAUUUUCUGAGGUGGUGCAGAUUUAGAUUCUAAUCAAUGAACAAGACAGGGCCUGUGAACUAAGCAGGGAAGCUGCAGAAAUCACAGUAUGAAAUAAACAAGUUUGGGAACUGUAAAGUGUACGGGAUUUCAAUGUACUUUACAUUCUAAACGUUGCCAAAAAGGUUGAAUUGGAAGCUUCAUGUCUGCAUGAAAUUUCCUAUAUUUUUAAUGUGUAUGGACUUAACUUUUCUUAAAUAUUAAACUCUGCCAAUUGCUAUAA